AUGUUGUCGCUGUCGCUGCCAGACAACCCAGCCCAUCUGGGCUAUGCACUACUCCUUUUCCUAGUAUUCUCGGGUCUGUGGAUAUCCUGUAAACGACUGUAUUUCCACCCUCUGCGUAAAAUUCCUGGUCCUCUACUCGCUAGACUCACGGGGUGGUGGGAGUUUUAUUUCGAUGUCGUCGACAAUGGGACCCUGGUGAAACGCCUGCCAGGGCUGCAUGAGAAAUACCAAACUGCUGUCAUCCGCAUCUCACCGAAUCACGUCCACGUCAACGACCCCGACUUCUACCAUGUAAUCUAUCGCGCCGGAACAGACUACGGCAAAUCGCCUCAUUUCUACAAAGCCCUGAUCUACCCUGAAGCUCUGAUUGCCAUCAUGGACGCGAAGCGCCAUCGCAUAUACCGAAACACCAUUGCGCCGUUGUUCUCGCCCGCCGCGAUCGAGCUCUGCACCCCCAGGAUCUUCCACGUUAUUCAACAGGCUGCGACGAAGCUCAAGCAGAAACUUGACUCUGGCGAGCCGAUGGAUAUCCAGCGGAUGUUUAAAUGUUUUUCGGUCGACAUCAUCUAUGUGACUCUCUUCGGACAGCCCGAUGUGUUUGUCAAGGACUAUGAGCUGGAUCACCCUCUUAUGACGAGCAUGGACCAGAUCACGCAUGGAAUGUGGCUUGCAAAACACUUCCCGAUCAUCAACGACAUCGCGCCCCGACUUCCAGCCUCUCUGUCCUCUUCAAAGCUUUCUGGCUAUGCACAGUUUAGACAACAAUGUAUGGCCUGGGUCAAAGGCGUCCAAGAACGCCGCAAGCAGGGCAAAUACACGACCCCAGACGGUAUAACAACCAUCUUCGACGCCAUGUUAACUCCCAGCGAGGAGCGCGGAUACAAAGCCAGAACACCAAAGGAACUCAUCGACGAGGCCGCGCUCUUUAUCCUGGCUGGCAGCGAUACCUCGGGCUACUCGCUUACCACUGCGACUUACUAUCUUCUCACUAACCCUGCGACUCUGAUUACUUUGCGCCAGGAACUUGAUGCCGUGGAGUCGGAUAUCCGCGAAUGUCGCUGGGAGGAAAUUCGCAAAUUGCCUUAUCUGCUGGCAGUAGUUAGAGAGACACUGCGACUUUCUACGCCCGUGCCAGGCAUGACGCCCCGGAUUGUCCCUGAGCCUGGGGUUACAGUGCAGGGCCACUUUCUGCCUGCAGGAACUAUUGUUUCGAUUACGCACCGCGCCAUCCACGACAAUCCCGACCUCUUCGACUCGCCGGAGAAAUUCAAACCGGAGCGAUGGCUCGGUGAGAAGGGGAAAGCUCUUGAUCGGUGGAUGGUCGCCUUUAGCAAAGGGUCGAGACAGUGUGUCGGAAGCCCACUCGCGUACCAGGAGCUCUCACUCACAAUCGCGCACCUGUUCAGCCGGUUUGAUAUGGAACUAUUCGAGACAGACGAGGAGAGCAUGGAGUGGGUGGACAACGUCGUCGCGAUAAACAAGAAACCGGUGGAGGUCAGGGUAUUGCGAGACCGAUGGGCGUAG